AUUUUACAAUUAAUUCAUGAAAUGUCUGUCUCUCGAGAACCUUUCCAACUCUCCGGCCGCUAUGCUGACCGCAACCGCUGGGAAGUCCUCGCCGGGCCUGGCGACUCCCGCGUCACCGGCCUACAAAUCAUCCAUGAUGAGAACCUUACCAACGCCUGGACCGAUAAAACUGCCUUGAUCACUGGUGUCUCGUCGGGCAUCGGCGUCGAGACCGUUCGCGCCCUGGCUGCGACCGGCGCUACUGUCUUCGGCACCGCCCGCAACCUCGAUAAAGCGAGGAAGGCGCUAGGCGCUGAACUGCUGGAGUCAGGCCGAGUCAAGCUCGUAUUCAUGGACCAGACGGAUCUGGCCAGUGUGAGAGCUUGUGCGGAGGAAGUUCGCAUAUCAAGCGGUGGCCGACUGAACAUUAUCGUCAACAAUGCGGCGGUGAUGAAUACGCCCGAGGAACGGACCAAGGCUGGGUUUGAGUUGCAGUUUGGAACCAACCAUCUCUCGCAUUUCUUGCUUUUUUGUCUUCUAAAGGAUUUUCUUUUGGCGAGUUCCACGCCUCAGUUUCAUUCACGCGUGGUCUCUGUUUCGUCUGCUGCGCAUCGCUACGCACCUGUUCAGCUGAAUAAUGUCAGCUUUGAAGGAAGCUAUAAUGGCUGGCUUGCAUAUGGAUCCAGUAAGACAGCAAACAUCUACAUGACCAACCAAAUUGAGCGCCUAUACGGCGCCCAGGGACUCCAUGGAUACAGUCUCCAUCCGGGCGCGUUUCUCAGCCCUAACCUGCAGAAGCAUUCGCAGGAGGAGCUGAAGACAUUCUUGACGGAUCCUAGAUUGCAAAUCUAUACGACCAGUCUGGGGCAGGCGUGUGCAACUAGUAUAUAUGGAGCGGUUUCUAAUGAGUUAGAAGGAAAAGGGGGUUUGUAUCUUGAGGGUGCAUCAGUUGCUGUGCAUCCGUGUCCUCCUGAUGGUGAUGCGGUGGAGUAUGGGUAUGGGAGCUGGGCGUUUGAUCAGAGAAAAGAGGAGGCGCUGUGGGAGUUGAGUAAGGAUAUGGUAGGAAUUGAGUAAGUGGUUUCGCGAAUGUGCACGAUAGACUCUUCAGAGCUAUGCUGCGUAAGAUAUGGCAUCUAAAUUGGGCAAGAUAGAGACAUGAUAGAUGAGACAAGCAUGAGCGAACAAUUGAAUGGCCAUACAAGUAAAAUUCUCGCUGCACUAUCAGACUUGGACCUGACCAGCUCAGACUUAACAUCCACGUCUCGCGAACUUGUUCUUCCUCGAUACCCAAAUAUCGACCGGUCUUGAAGCU